GCAGCACAACCACCAGAAAGACUCAAACUGAUCAGAGACUUUGGACAGAAGCCACUUGUGUGACUGCGACCACAGAGCAUAAAGAAAUGGCAGACACAGACGUUGCAGCUCCCGCCGACAAGAAGGCCCCCCCCAAGUUCAAGCAGAGGGCCGCUCGCACCUUCAAGAGCAAGGCCCCUAAGCCAGGCCAGAAGGGAUUCGGAGACGAUAUCCCCGGCAUGGAGGGUCUCGGCACAGACAUCACCGUGGUUUGCCCAUGGGAAGCCUUUGGCGACAUGGAGCUCAGCGACCUGGCAAAAUAUGGAAUUGUUUAGAAUCCCUUUUGGGAUUACUUUACCUCCCUGCACAGAUAUUCCUUCACCCAGUUUUCCUCCCACUUACCCUCCUCUUCUUCCUGCCCUCCUAAAGUACCUGAAAUGAUGUUUGUCAUUGAGUUAGGCCCAUUGAUCCAAAAACAUGGCAACAUGUAAUAUAAGAUUAUCUGUUAUAAUUAUUUACACACCAAGCGGUCCACGUUUCAACCAAAGACUCCAAACUUCUAACCCUCCCCCUGAUAUUUUUGCACUUGGCUUGUGCAGGCCUGAGAGACAAUGGACCAAAUCUGUUGUGAGCAGGUUUAAUUGCACGGCCGAUCCUCUCUCCAGCCUUUUCCGAUCCACGACCCUCCUUAAUGUACAGCUGUUUAUGAAAGAUAAGUUUAGAUUUUUAUGAGCUACGAAUGUAAAUGUAUUCAGCUGAAUAGAACUGUCAAUAAAUAGUUUCCCCUAAGAAACGUCUUCUCUG